ACAUGCACAUCUUACAUUAAUGCUCACUCGUGUGAACAGGACUUAACAUCUGCAAAGGCAAAACAUAAACGAAAUGCUGGAGCUGCUGAGCAGGAUCAGAGCGGCAGGACUGCCGUGGAGGAGCUGCGUGGCCGUUGCUACCACACGGCCGGUGCAGGGACGGCCCUUCUCCACGGAGUUUGCCGGCGAAAGUACGGAUCACGACCACGCCGGAUUCACCGAGUGGAGGACCGUCUACAGUCUGCCGGCUAUAAGGAUAGUGGCCGCAUUUAGUAAGCUGAAGGUCUACCAGGCUGCACUCACGGCAGCUGGAACGCCCAUUGCUUUUGCCCUGGGGAGCGCAGGACAGCUGAGCACAGAUGCACUGGCCAUUUACGGCGCCGUGGGCAUCUCCGGGCUGGUCACCCUCACUCUGGCCAGCUACGCGGCCUCGAAUCUCGUUGGCUUUGUGUACGUGAACGAGGAGCGGGAUCUGGUCAAGCUGGCCUACGUGGAUUUCUGGGGAAGGCGACAGGAGACCCUUCUGGACAUCGGCGACUUGAUGCCUAGCUGGGAGCAGGGCAGGCGGUCCCAACUAAGAUUUGUUUCGCCCGUCUGCCUGCGGAGCGACCCCAAGAAGCGGUACAAGCUUCUAAAUCGAUUUGGCCAUGUCAGCGAUCGGCAGUUGUUUGAGGGCCUCUUCGGAGAUUAAGUAUAGGCUGUGAGUUUCGUUAGUUGAAUGGGAGAAGUGUAUUUGUUUGUUUCUGUUUUUUCAUUAGUAAAAUUCAAUUUGCAAACGAGCUCAA